UCCUGUGUUGUUAGCAUUCCUGUUCAUUCACUGCACAUUUCAGACCUAAAUGUUAGUUUUGCUAAGGAAUAAACCCCAGUGUUUGAUUUCUCAACAGGUUUAUAAACCUGCAGCUCAUUGUGUCACAUAUGUUCAGGUAGAAGCACAGCUGAAAUGGUCUUAUUGUGAAUUGCUGUACAUCUAGAGUGUCUUUAGCGUAUUUUCCGGUAACAUAAAGCUUUCCUUUUUUACUUGUGCAGGUUCUGCUACCCUGCACGCAUGGCAGCAGCUGGCUCAGCCACACAUGGGGGCUCUGCUGGACCAUCGGCCGGGCGUGGUCACAAAGGGCUUUCGCACUUUAGAGCAGGACCGGGAGCAGGAGCAGGAGGACAGCUGGCAGCUGGACCAGCCGGAGGAGGACGAGGCGUCGUGUGACCCGUUCACCGGCUCGUCAGGAGAGAGCCCCGCUCCGACAGGUUCCCUUUGCUCUACCGCCGUCGGCUCCGCCUGCUGCAACAUCAAGGGCAGCAACCAGCUAGAAGGACUGAAUGGAGCAAUUUGUGGUCCGAAAGAGGCAGUGGAAGGAAAAGAUGGAGUCGUCGCCAGAGUCGUCGCCGGCGCGCCCCUUCCCCUUUCCCGCCCUUCCCCGUCCUCACCCGUUCCCUCUUGUUCGGAGCGCAGCAGGCACACGGACCUCAAGGAGCUCCAGGCCCUGCAACCCGCCACUGUGGACCGCAUGCCUGUCCAUUUCCCAGGGAAAUGUCUGUCCCACACCAGCUCCACCUACACCUUCACCACCUGCAGGAUUCUCCACCCGUCUGACCAGCUGACCUCUGUGUCCCCCAGCCUUGCGGUAGUGUUUUGCCAAAGCGGCUCUGCCAUCGGCACUCCGACCCACACCUCCUCUCCCGUGCCGUUCUCGGCCCCGCACACGCCCUCCUACACCCCCUGCUGCACCCCGCGCCGCCUCUCCCUGUCGCUCUCCCUCAGCGAGUCCUCCACCAACUUGAGAGACUCCACCAAGACCACCAGCACCUCCCUAGGCCUCGUGCGCCUCCUGCUGGAGCGUGGCAUUUCUGCCUCGGUGUACGAUCCUUGCAGCUGGGACCGAGGGCUGGGUGCCAGCGGCGCUUCGACGCCCACGGGAAGCGUGCAGGUGCAGAGCGACGCAGCCAAGUCAGGGGAGAAUGAAGUCAGACCGCCGGUGAGGCGACCGGACACGCUCCUUCUUCAGCCCUGCUCCCCUCCCAGCUCCCCGCCCCAAGAAUCUGCCUCGGCCGCCACGGCGCGGCCCGCGUUUCAGUUCAGCCCUUCGAAGGAGGAUCCGCCGUAUUACGACGCCUUCCUCGCCUCCAAGCCGGCUCGCACCAUUCUGAGGGAAGUGCUGAUGGAUCUGGAGAGAGAGUACGACGGCGAGGCGGACGAAGACGGCCAGAACGAGGUGGCGAACCUCGGACUGGUGGACAAGCUGAAACGCUUCCGAACGCUCUCCGCUGUUUCCGCCUCGGUUUCCUCCGGGAGCGGUCUGUUGGCGCCCUUCAGCUCCAGCGGCCUGGGUGGCGGGCUCCCGGGUUUGAAUGCAGGACUGAGGAGGAACCGAAGCUAUCCGGCCAUGGUGGGGGCCAGCAUGGCCAUGAAAGACCCCGGCGGACCGCCCUGCGCUCUCAUCCCACAGACGAUGCAAACAUCACAGCCACAGGGUCCGGCGCAGACAGACGAAACGGGCAAAGUGCAAACACACCCCUCCGUUGUCAGGAAGGCCAUUCACAUACCGCAGACUUUACACGCACUGGAACCAGUCACACCACACACGGUAAUGCAGAGACACGCCAGGCCAAACUGGGAUUCAGACAAUUCAGCAACACAAGGCCAAGACAGUGAGGGUCAAACCAGGACGUGGUAGGAAAAACUCAGUAUGUCAGGCCAAAAUCACAGCGUUUUACUACACUUUUCAUGUUUAUCAUUACACACAUACAAAUACAAAGCCAAAAAAUAUGUUUAGCGCACACAUCGUCUGCAGAAGCCGACCGGUACAAUCCGCCCUUAUUUCCCCUGACAGCCAGUAGUCUGAAUAAAAUGUCGGAGUGACGACUGAGAGCAGGAGUGGCUGAAACUGUUACACUGUGUUAUAUUUAAAUACUGUCUGGCCAGAUUAACAAAGAUGGAGUAUGCUGCCUUCCUUUGUGUCAUUAUUGUACAAUGUACUGUAUAUGCAAUAUACUGUGGCAAAUAGUAUAUUAUUAAAGCCCCAGUCUGGAGUACUUUACCAUGUGACUGAAUUCAUAUGGAGACGCACCGGUUUCUGUGGCCGCUUUGCAGCCAACGUCCUUGAGCUGGUCCAGCGUACUUGAACCAAACAAAUAGCUCAUUCCCUCUGGCCAGCUGACCAGACCGAGACCUUUAGAUGAACUCUGAGACGACCAACAUCUCCGAUUUCAACAGCAGUUUUCAGCAGUCAGAGGGUGAAAACUAAAAUGGAUAAAAAA